AUGGCGGAUCUUUCGAAAUACAAUCCCGGCCCCUGACAUACCAGAGGCGGCAGCCGGCGGCGGCCCGUGCGGCGCCCUCCUCGGUCCCGGCCCGGGAGCCGGCGGCUUCGCUGCGGAGGGGCGGGGCCGGGCGGAGCAGGGGCAGCGCCGGGUCGCCGGACUGUGGGGCGCUGGAGCCCGGAGGACGAGGCACCGCCGAGCACCGGAACGCCUUCCUGCAGGAGCACGGCCAUGGAGGUGGUGCCAGCUGAGGUGAAUAGCUUGCUUCCGGAGGAGAUAAUGGACACGGGGAUAACGUUAGUGGAUGAGGAUAGUAUUGAGGCUGUUAUUGUUUCAUCCCCAAUUCCCAUGGAGACAGAGCUGGAAGAAAUUGUCAACAUAAACUCUACUGGUGAUUCUGCGGCCACACCCAUUUCCACGGAGCCCGUCACAGUGUACAGUAACCACACUAACCAAGUUGCAGUGAACACCACAGUCCCUAAAGCAGAUCCUAAUACCACAGUGAAACCAGCUCUUCCAAGUGGCCUUCAAAAACUUGGUGCUCAGACUCCUGUGACUAUAUCAGCCAAUCAGAUCAUUUUAAACAAAGUAUCACAGACAUCUGAUCUUAAACUUGGCAAUCAGGCCCUUAAGCCAGAUGGACAGAAGUUAAUUUUAACAACUUUGGGCAAGUCUGGUUCACCAAUUGUUUUAGCACUACCCCAUAGCCAACUACCCCAGGCUCAGAAAGUUACAACUCAGGCUCAGUCAGGAGAUGCUAAGUUGCCACCGCAGCAAAUUAAAGUAGUUACCAUUGGAGGGAGGCCAGAGGUGAAACCUGUCAUUGGUGUCUCAGCACUGACCUCAGGAAGCCAGCUGAUUAAUCCUACAACUCAGCCCUCUGUGGUUCAGACCCAACAGUUAAAAACAGUGCAGAUUGCUAAGAAGCCCCGAACACCAACCUCUGGCCCAGUAAUCACGAAGCUGAUCUUUGCAAAACCAAUUAAUAGUAAAGCAGUUACAGGACAGACAACUCAAGUAUCACCACCAGUCAUUGCAGGUAGAGUUCUUUCACAGUCUACUCCUGGAACGCCAUCAAAGACCAUAACAAUAUCUGAAAGUGGUGUUAUUGGAUCAGCUUUAAACUCUACAACACAGACACCAAAUAAAAUUGCCAUCUCACCUUUGAAAUCUCCAAAUAAGGCAGUGAAAUCAGCUGUGCAGACUAUCACUGUCGGAGGUGUAAGCACAUCACAGUUUAAGACAAUUAUUCCUCUGGCCACCUCACCCAAUGUCCAGCAGAUCCAAGUGCCUGGCAGCAAAUUCCACUAUGUGCGCCUCGUUACUGCCACCACCGCCAGCAGCUCGACCCCCCCGACUAGCCAGAACCCCAGUACCAACACCCAACCCCUGCAGCAAGCGAAGCCAGUGGUUGUCAAUGCAACCCCAGUGCGGAUGUCAGUCCCCUUCGUCCCAGCUCAGGCUGUCAAACAAGUUGUUCCAAAACCAAUCAAUCCAGCAUCACAGAUUGUAACCAGCAGCCAACCCCAGCAGCGACUCAUCAUGCCUGCCACACCACUGCCCCAGAUCCAGCCCAACCUCACUAGCCUGCCCCCUGGAACUGUCCUGGCCCCCGCCCCAGGGACAGGGAAUGUGGGCUAUGCAGUUCUUCCAGCACAGUAUGUCACUCAGCUACAACAGUCUUCAUACGUGUCCAUAGCUAGCAACUCUACCUUCACUGGGACAUCCGGGAUCCAGACCCAGGCAAGGCUUCCGUUCAAUGGGAUAAUCCCAUCGGAGUCGGCCAGUCGGCCCAGAAAGCCAUGUAAUUGUACAAAAUCUCUGUGUUUGAAAUUAUAUUGUGAUUGCUUUGCAAAUGGUGAAUUUUGCAACAACUGCAAUUGCACUAAUUGUUAUAACAAUUUGGAACAUGAAAAUGAAAGGCAAAAAGCAAUAAAGGCCUGCCUAGACAGAAAUCCAGAAGCCUUCAAGCCGAAGAUUGGGAAGGGCAAGGAGGGAGAGUCAGACCGGCGGCACAGCAAGGGCUGCAACUGCAAGCGCUCAGGAUGUCUCAAGAACUACUGCGAGUGCUACGAGGCAAAAAUAAUGUGUUCCUCAAUCUGCAAGUGUAUUGGCUGUAAGAAUUUUGAAGAAAGCCCAGAAAGAAAGACUCUGAUGCACUUGGCUGACGCGGCUGAAGUCAGGGUGCAGCAGCAGACGGCAGCCAAGACCAAGCUAUCCUCUCAGAUUUCUGACCUGCUCACAAGGCCUGCACCAGCCUUGAGUAGCGGGGGAGGGAAGUUGCCAUUCACCUUUGUCACCAAGGAAGUAGCAGAAGCCACAUGUAACUGCCUGCUUGCCCAGGCAGAGCAAGCGGACAAGAAGGGGAAGUCAAAGGCUGCAGCAGAGCGGAUGAUACUGGAGGAGUUUGGACGUUGUCUGAUGAGUGUCAUCAACUCUGCAGGAAAAGCACGAAGUGACCCAUGCGCCAUGAACUGCUGAGCUGUGCAUAGAAAGUGGACAGAGCUGUGCAGACAGUGCAAGCUGUGGAGACAGCUGACCUUCUGGAUGAUAAGUUAACAAUUACUGUAUUUACUCAGUCCUUGUUUUAAGAGACCUGAAAUUAUAAUACUGAAAGAGAAGACAUUAUAAAUGAGGAAAUUCAUACAUUUUAAAUCUUAGUUAAUUCUGCUUACACCCCUUCUAAAUUGAAGUUUUCUUUUUAAUUUUUAUUGUAUUAUAUAGAUUUUUUAUUUUGAUUUGGUUUAAGAAUUAGAUGUUCUUUCUGAUUCUAUCAAGAAAAAAUAUUUUAUAAAUUAUGGAAUUUAUAAUGUGUGGUGUUGUAUGGCUUUGUUCAGUCAAAAAAGUCAAAGCAGCAUUGGUCCUGUGUAGCCAUUCUAGAAUGUAUACCAGUAGAAGGGCUAUAUAAAUUCUUAUGGAAUAUAUUCAAAUGGCACUUGUGUUUUAAAAAGCACUCUUUUUAAGAAAAACCAGCUUUUUAGGCUGGAGUCUGGACUAUCAAAAGAGGAAGCAAUUUCCAGGCACAAUUUUAAAAUAAAAGUUAUUUUACACACACACAAAUGAAGGGACACUAGGUAAUUUUUAGGUGUACAGUGUGUUUCUAUAAUGAGCAGUGGCUAGGAGUGCUGGGGAGUCACCAUGUUCUUUCAGGAGGUGGUAUGCAGUGGAAAUAAGUUGUCAAAGUGCUUAUUGGCUACUAGCAAGGUGAGAGGUAUGUGAAUGUGAGUAAGAAUUUUGUAGAGAGAUUAUAGAACGUCAUGUAAUCAAGUAUAAAAUUUAGCUUGGGUGGAGAAAUAAGGACUAUUGAAGCUGAAAGAGAUAAAUUUAAGGAAGGACUUUUCUCUGUAUAGCUCUCUUUGUAAACUUACGAUCUAAGAACUUUCAGACCAAUAAUUGACUUUUACUUGGUUUACUGAAAUAAGUCUCAGUAUCAGUAGCAAAGCUUUCAAAAUUGUAAUAGAAUUUCUUUUUAUAAGGGAAGCUUAUGAUGACAUUGUUUUUAGCCACUGAUCUGGUCAGCUAGAAGGUAUGUGUGCUUUCAUGUAAUUGGGUAAAAUUGGCUAAUCAUUCUCAGUAAUUAAGCUGUCAGUUUAAGGAGCCUAUGGGAGUAGGACUCUUGAUUUUAGAUAA